AUGAAACGCUGCGCUGCCGAAUGUACCAUUGAUCUGAAUACAGAGGAUUACAUGGAAUGUACACGGUGCAGGGAUGCUUACCAUUACGUUUGCCUGAACCUGUCUCCUACGGAGGUCGCAUCUCUGGACCAGGAUAUUAAGCGUAGCUGGUCAUGCCCCAGAUGUUUCAGUAAGCAGCCGAAGGGAGGAAAUAUUGACCUACCAGUGCGCCCAUCAAUUCCAACUUCCACCGCAGACGUAACAUUUAAUGUCACGCGUCGCAAAGUGCAACAAAGGCCGGAAUCGUUACAAAUGACUACCCCACACUCAGAUUUCGUCUUGCGUACCGAGCUAAGGGAAUUAAUACGAGAAGAAAUGCGUAAUGUUGUGAAGGAGUGUAUCACUGACCUUAAUAUCACAUUGAAAGAGAACCUGCAAGCUAUGCGUGAACAGAUUAGUAGUUUUAAGGAUUCCCUAAACUUCAUGAGCGAUCAGUAUGAUAACCUGCAUAAGACGGUGGAAGAAUGUCGAACCAAUCUCAUAUCUUUGAGUAAGGAAAAUGAAAGUCUGCGGUCCGAUAAUAUAAAGCUUUCAAACAAAUUGUCAUUACUAGAUCAGGCAUCCCGAGCCUCUAACCUUGAAAUUCUAUGCGUCCCUGAAAAAAAAUCUGAAAACGUCAUGAGUAUUGUGAAACAGUUGGGUCGCGCUGUCAACUGUAACAUUAAUGAUAACGAGAUACUUUACUGUUCGCGCACGGCUAAAAUAAAUCCUACAAAUGCUCGCCCCCGUUCUAUCUUGGUGAAGUUGAGUUCCCCACGUACCCGUGACAUGUUAUUAUCAUCCGUUGCAAGUAUCUACGUGCGCAAGUCCGAAACAACACACACGGUACACAUAAGUAAUUUAGACAUACUGAAUAAGCUGGUGUAA